CACUCGGAUCACCACCAAACCAAUUGCAUUGGUCAAUCGACCAUCACGGUCUGCGGAGUUCCAUUCAAGGUCCUCACUCCCUUUCGCUUCCGUAUCUCCGGACACCCACCCUCGUUUCGCUCAUACCUUCGCACUCACCCUUCGCUUUACAUUCCAACCCGCACUCAGCUCUGAUUCUUUGUAUGGCCUCCUCAGUCAACGAUUUCAUCGCGGGCUACCUCUCCGGAAUCGCAGGGCUACUCAUCGGCUCGCCCCUCGACAUCAUCAAAGUACGUCUCCAAGCAUCCACCAUCUCUCAACACGCCCGUCCGCCAACGAACGCGGAACCACCACCAGCAUUUACCACGACCAGCUCGUACUUCCGGGGCGUACUGGCCCCACUGGUCGGCUUGGGCGCACUAAACGCCCUCUUAUUCGUCAGCUACGGCAAAACACUCGAGAUCCUCUCCCCUCCACCAGGAGCAUCAGCAGGAACCGAGUUUGGAAUCGAGAGGCAGCUUGCUGUUUACUCUGCCGGCGCGGUAGCCGGGUUGGCGUGUUGUCUCAUCACAACACCCACCGAACUAAUAAAAUGCCGUACCCAAGUCCACUCCAACAACUCCCUCUUGAUCGCCCGCACAAUCUGGCGAACGGAAGGUCUCCGCGGUUUAUACCGAGGCGUCUGUAUAACCUCGCUCCGCGACGCCAUAGGCUACGGAUUCUACUUUUGGGGUUACGAAGGGCUCAAAGUAGUGCUGCUGGAGGGAACGGGGGAUGAUGAAGUUAGUAGGGUUUUGGUGGCGGGGGGGUUGGCGGGGUGUUUGAGUUGGGCUUCGAUAUUGCCGUUGGAUGUUGUAAAGACGCGCGUACAAACAGUCUCUUACGCUACACGUUCUUCAUCCUCGUCACGAACACCGCUGCUACGAGAGCGGCCAGCAGAGAGAGUAUCGGCGUGGCAGAUUGCCAAGGCGGCAUUGAAGCAAGAAGGAGCCACUGUCUUUUUCCGGGGGAUGGGUGUUACCAUGGUGAGGGCGUUUAUUGUUAACGGGGUUACGUUUGGGGUUUACGAGUGGGCUUCUGGAAGUCUGGUGGGGUGACAGGGCACUAAUCUAGAAGUCAGGAACCACAGACGCCGCCCCCUGCAAUUUUCGCCCCCUUGUGAUCCGAG